CUUUUGUCGACGUCAGCAUUUUCAAAACCUUGCGUUACAGACGAAAAUGGAUUGUGUCCUUGCACCACUAUUUGCAAUAGUUGAGUGCCCUAGACUAAAAAUAAAGAAACCUAGUUUCAUAACAUGGCCGUCUCCAAUGGUUUUCUUUUCCAUUCUCAUCCUUAGUUACUUUUUAGUCACAGGUGGGGUCAUUUACGAUAUGAUCGUUGGACCGCCAAGCAUGGGGACGGAAACGGACUCCAGGGGCAAUCAAAAACCGGUAGCUAUCAUGGUUUGGCGCCUAAACAGUCAAUACAUACUCGAAGGACUUGCAGCCAGUUUUAUGUUUGUUAUGGGGAGCUUCGGAUUUAUCGUAAUGGAUAAAGUCAAUGAGGCCAAGGUCACGAAGUUAAACCGUAUAUUACUGAUGGCACUAGGAAUCGGAUGCAUCUUAGUAUCGUUGCUUACCUUACGGAUUUUUAUCAGUACUAAAUUACCGUCCUACAUGCGGUGAUUUCCUAACAAUUAUAAAUAACUUGAAGACCGUUUCGUGCCAAAUCAAGUCGCUAACUUCCGUGUAAUUCAGUUUCCGAAGUCACAUGGUUUUUUUAUUAUAGAACUUCUUGUAUUUCUCCAUAAGUUAUAACAAAAUUUCACAUAUAUAUGUAUUAUCUCAAAAAUCGUCCGGGCAAUUUAGAAUAUAAGGCCUCCUUCCAGUCGCCACCAUUUGCCAUGUAUGCUAACAUUAUAUCGACGACAUGAUUUAUCGCUAACACAGGGUUAGAUAUUUUUCCAGAUGUAAACUCUUCAAUUGGGAGUCGCACGGCACGGUAACCCCGAUUCUCAGCUUCUUGUCGGCUUCGUCCCUAGAAAGAAUAAAAGUUAACGUAUAGUGUAGUAGUAUAACAAUAGACGCAACCUGGAAAAUACUGAAAUGAAUUUGAUUACAAUUCAUAUUUACCUUCA